AUGGCUCUUAAAGCUGUUCAUGUCUCUGAUGUUCCUAAUCUUGACCACGUCCCAGAAAAUGCCUCUCUUUCUCUCUACUCAACUCGUUUCUCCAAAGGUAAAUUGCCAAAAACAGAACGUUUUUUUAUUGAUUCUUGGAGUUAUCACCUAAUUCCGGGAAUCCAAGAAAGAGAAGAAUUGACAACGACCUCACAGGGAGGCAAGGCCUAA